CCGGCACGGGGAUGCUUGCACAGGUGGCUCUGUCCAUGCCCACUGCCCCCUGCCCCUGCUGCCGUGCGGAUCCCGGCCUCACACUGCCCCUCGCCAUCCCUGCAGGUGUCACCAGCAGCGUUGCCCCACUGACAGCAGUGUCGGGGAGCGUGCCGGUGCCCACGGUCCUGUGCGUGCUCCUGGGGACGUUGCUGGGCCUGGCCCUGGCAGCCCUGGCUGUGCAGGCACACCGCGCACGGGUGCGACGCCGAGACCCCGUCAAAGCCACGGACGCUGGCUCUGAGGCCGUGUAUGAGGAGCUGGAUUACAGCCUGAUGCCCGAGUACCAGGAGGUGCCCAGCCGCACAGGUGGGAGCACGGUCGUCCCUGGGGCCUGGGGCUGUCCAACCCCUGGCCGAGCACUCAGUGCCCCAUUCUGCACCGCAGGCUCCCUAUCCAAGGGCUCAGGCAUGAAGCUGCAAGAAGAGAACUGGGAUAGCAACAAGGAGAGCAACCCGAGGGAGGUCCCAGUCCCCACAGCCCAGCCUGGGCACAGCCCCCCGGAUGGCUACGACGAUGCUGCAGCUGUGCCAGAGGAGCUCCUGGCUCCCCACGGCGGUGACGCCCCAGAGCAGCCCCACAGGGACACGGGCUAUGACGACGUUGACGUCAGCACUCUGAGGACAGCACCGUGA